AUGGCAGCAGAAACUCGUACCCUUAUGAUAAGCUUGAUGUCAUCAGCAAAAUCUCGAAAGGAUCUCUUAACUGAGAUGGGUUUUGAUUUCACAAUCACGACAUUGAUGAAAAAGCAAAUUCGUAUGCAAAAGCCAGAAGAUUUGGUUAUGGCUCUAGCAGAGGCAAAGAUGAUGCCAAUGGCAUCAUAUAUAACACGGAUUCAAACUACUGAUUGUUCUGAGAAGAAUGCUGAACCAGCACUUCUAAUCACUGCUGAUACAGCAGUUGCCAUUUUAUCGAGGCUCCAAAAUGAUGUGAACAAAGAGGAGGAUGCGGAGUCAACACUUUUGAUCGCUGCUGACCAAGUACACCUCAUUUUUAUUCUUUUAAUUAUCACAGGAAGCCUUGCUGUAGUAGUAAAUUAUGUGUCAUGUGCACAGUGCACUUGA